AUGUCCUGUACCGAGCCUGUCGACCCUCCCAAACAUACCGGACUCGACUUGACUCGACGCUGUGGAUCGGAAACCUGGUGUUUACUUUCUCCUGCGCACCACCUCCACCCUCAUUCCUCCGUCUACCGACGUCGAGAACAGUUGGCAUGGACCGCCCUCUAUCAUGCUCUUGAGUUUCCUCGCCAUCACGGUAUUCUUCGGUCUUUCCUUUCCCUUCGGCCGGCGUGCCAGAGGGGACUGUCGUCCAUCAUGAAGACGGUUCCUAGCCUCGUUGCCUCAAGUACAGUUGGGAUUGCUGCCAUCGGGUUGGCAUUGGGAAAGCCAGAACGUUCAAGCCCAACACGCCCCUCGUCGAAGAAAAGAAAGGUCGGGGAUGUUUCUGGCGCUCUCCUCCAUAAUAAUUCCGGCCCAGCGUCACUAAAUUCGAGGCCAGCUACGAGCAAUGCUGUCAGAGACCGUGGUGCAACACCCAUAAUCGAAUCUCCCUCAAAUCCGCCCCCAAGUCUCCGAUCACGCCCUCCCAGCACAAGAACAAGAGCGGAAUUACAACACUAUAAUCGUGGACGGAAGCUUUCGAUCUUCAAGCACGAAGAAACUCCGAGGUCUAGUAUCGGUCCGGACUCUUCGUCCCUCGCUCUCCCAUCCGACUCGGCUGGUUCCAUACUGUCCAAUCCAGCAGACUUCCCUGCCCAAUUGCCCCCGAAUAAGCUCGUCAAGAAGAAUACAUCUGGGAGGGCAACAAGUGGGCCAGUGUCGAAGAGUGGAUCACAGAUCCCCACACUCCGCAGGCCAGCUACUAGCCAUCAACGUUCCGUCACGCUGCAGCAGCAGUUUAGGAUCGACUUUUUAAGCAUGCAGGAGCCACUACAAUCUAGCCCCUCGCCUCGAGUGCACGUUGCACCACCAUCCAGUAAAAACAGUACACCUGACUCUCGGCGUCCAUGGCGCCUUUACUUUGAAUCUCGACCGACGAAAAUUUCGAAGGAACGGGCGUCUGGAAGAUCAAGCGACGCAGGGCUGCCGAAUCAACCUUCGACGUCGAGGAGGAUCAUCCCUGACGACAGCGCUAGGCCGACUCUGGUGAAACCUGGAUCAAUCAUACCUUUGACGAAGAACGCUAUGGUUUAUUACGACGAAAGCUUCGAGCUUGACGACGAUGAGGUGGACGAUGGGGAAGAGACGCCUCUACCUUCCGUCGAGGUCACUGAGGAAUCACACAAGCGGGCCCGGCGGUCCUUGUCGAUGCACUUUAGCUCACCAAGCUCAUGGAUCCCAAGAUCUGGGAGUCUAAGAGGCAACAAGAGGAGUGCUGCUGGCAGAAGUGGAGGCAAGCGCUAUUCAUCCGCACCGCUUCCUACCCUGCCUGGUCGAAACAUUUCCACGGCACACGGUAUCACAGCUAGCGGGCACCGUCCUAUCCUGGACCAGAGCGUUUUUCAAAGAGAAUCGCUGUCGCUCUCGGAAGAGUCUUCCUCGAAUGAUUCUUUUGCCGGUAAUCUUCCAAGACGGAGCCGCAACAGCUCAUCGCCCUUGCCGCCUCUUUCCCGGCUUUCAAGCUUCAAUAUUGAUCUAGCUCGGCUAGGGUUGUCCUCCUCUUCUUCGUCGUCAGCCCCUUGCCGAUCUCCAAACUCUCCUGUCAUACAGACCCAGGCAACAUUAACAUCUGUGCCAUUCACAAGCCAUGCAUCGCCGGUGUCUACAUCCUUUGUCAGUUCUUCGAACUCGAAGCCGCCCCGAUUUUCGGAGCUCACAGAUCGAACCUCUACCCUCGUUGGAUCGGAUAACGAUAUGCGAGGGUUCAUCUCCGGUGACGAUGAUGACAUGGAUUUCCAGAGCGAGACCGUCUUUGAUUCUCUGAGGUCUGGAGCCACUGGUAGUAUAUGUUCCCACAAAGCACCACUGGAUUCCAUGUUCGACGAGUCUCCACCAAGCGUGAACGGCAACGUCAAAAGCAAGCGACUUUCGAUCCACGAGAUGCUAGCCAAUGGGGGGUUUCAAGAGGGCCACAGCAGAAUUGUGGAAGAAGAUGAAGGAACGUCGACUCCAGUAAGAGGAGGGAGAUCUUCUCAAGAUGAUGUCUUGGAAACACCUGUCCGGAAGGAAGUUGUGGAUUCGGAAGGCAUAAAUUUCCCAUCAUCUCCGCCAAGCUUCUGCCUCGCUACAAAGGAUUUUGGGCGUAUGUCCUUGGAUGAUGAGGACGAGGAUGAGGACUGGACCAGAGAUGACGAGAACUUGGAUGUCAGCAAUCAGCUAUCCCCUCCAUCGAGCUCAUUGAACUCCAAGAAGGCCAGUCCCAGUUUCCGAGCUGCACUAGCAGACGUGGCGCACACUGGAAUUACGUAUGGAAACAACGAGCUUUUAGAGGAACGACCUAGGAGCACGCUCUUCGAUUGGUCCGAGCAACCCUCUACGGAUAAGGUAGACUUAAAGGGAAACUCUUCACGGCCCAAAACUGCGCAUGGCAAGCAAAUGGCCGAUGGUAGAGGUGGGCGCGUUGUUGGACGGAGGGGCUCAAGUGCGCUUCACAUCCGAAGUCAAAGUGUGCCAGUGGUUCCCGAUGUAGCCGGCCAGCGCGAACACUCGAAACUGAUCCCGAAAUUUGGAACAUGGGGCCUUGGCGGAAAGGGUGUCAGCGAGGAUUGGGACGGCGAUUUUGAGUUUGAUGAGAGUUAUGAGCUUGAAGAUGCCAAGGAUGGGGAUAUAAAGAUGGAGAACAGUGGCAUGCUGGUCCCGCCAGCGAUUCAAGCCAGCCAAGCGAGCGUGGUAGGGCACGUAGGACAGAUUCGAGAAGUGUGUUUACUGGUUGAAGACCUGAAAAGGUUACGGUUGCUGGCGAAGGAAAAGGAUUUACUGAACGGGCCAUCAUCAACGCUCUGGAAAGAGGCGGAAGGGAUUAUCGCUCUGGCAGUUCCAGAUGAAGAGGACCAAGAUCUACCACCACCUCAUUCUCCCGUCCCCGACGCUUUUGACCAGGAAAUAUCGGAAGACGACGACUAUUAUGAGAGCGGGCUCGACGCGGAAGACUUGUCAACCUCUGGUACUCCGUUCGAUGUCUUGAAUCGACACGGUCGGCCGACUGGAUUCAUUUAUGAUGGUAACACUGUCCGGCGACGCUCCGUGUUUUCCCCGGAAGAUGAUAUUUUUGGAGCUGGCCUUGUGGAUAGUCCUGUCAGAGACCAUUUACGACCGCCAUCGACAUCGCCUCGCCAUUCAAGCAUGAAGACCUCUUCUGACAUCGCUCGAUCUGUGAUGGAGACCAUGCACCAGCACCGUUCAACAUCAGACCCCCUAAUCCAGGGCUUAGCAAGCCAUUCGCCAAAUAAGAUGCCAUUCGAUACUACAAGCCUCCGUGAUCUCGUCCACCGUGCGAAUGUGCUCAGUCGUACCCUGGCUGACCUGAUUCGCAAAGCCGAUGGCAACGCUCAAACUCCCGAGGUCACUCCGCACCGAGAUUCAAGUCCGGCGUUUACUAGGGUUUUCACGGAUCCGAGCGUGAGCCCGCCGAAGCAUCUUCUUCGAAGUCAGAGCAACAACUCGAUUAUCGUUAGCGGGUCCUUGGACAGCUCCCCAACCCGCAGUCUUGGCAACCGGAUGCAUAUGUUGACCGUAGUGUGA